ACAUGCGGUGCACUGGUGCAUGAUCAGCCACCUAGCAAAAGUAGAUGUAGAAGCAACUUCAUGGUCGUGCUCAGCUAGCUACUUACAUAUAAAUAUGGAGGACAGGGUCUCCUAAUUCAAAGCACCGUGGUUAACUGCCCCUGGCGCAGCUCUCGUCCAUCAUGCCGAGCACAACCAAUUCCUCCUCUACCACCCCCCAGAACAUGCCCGAGCACUACUCGCUCGAUUUUGGCGACCACCUUCAUCUCCGCGCGAAUCGCGGGAUGAUGCUGUCCUCGUCUUCAUCAGGCGCGGGUGGAUCGUCAUCUUCAAGUGCCUCUUCUUCUCGACAGCCCUCGUCUUCUAGCAGGUUGUACAACGGGGCAAGUUCUAGUACUUCGCGGAUGAAUGUUAAAACCGCUUUAUUCCAUGAAAAUUAACCAUCCCCAUCAACUUUUCGCAUGACAAACACAUACUUUUCUGCAUGUCUUGCAUGACAAAUUGGAUGGGGAUUGUUAAUUUUCAGGGAAUACGCUUCUGCUUCUUCGUCCAAGGAGUCCGCGCAGUCCGGGUUUUCUUCCUAUCGCAAGAAAAAACUGUUUCACUGUGAACUUGUGAUGCAUGAAAUGGAACGCUGAACUAUUUGUCUUGCUACACCUCCAACGCAUUGGAUUUUUCAGCGUGUUUUCCUUUGGGAAGCGCGCAUGGCAAGUUUUCUGUGUCAUGUGUAGCAAACUUGUAAUGCGGAUCUUGCAAAUGCAUCACAGUGAAACAGUUUUUUCGUGGGAUACUUCCGCAACAAGAUCUUCGUCCUCCAGCUCAUCCUCAUUUUCCACCACCCGAACGGGGGGUGGAGAACCCUCCGCAAAUUGUUCUCGUCGGGGAUCUGCGGGUGUAGAUGUUGCUGUGCAUGAAGACAUCACGACCAGUGGGCUGCACCAGCACGAUUUUUUGUCCAGCAGCAAAGCUACAACGGCAUCAACAUCAAUGUCGACGAACAUACUAUCAGAAAAUAUUAACUCCUACCUCCUUUCCAUCCUGCCGGCAAUUCUGCAGGUCUUUGAUUUAGCGGUGAACGACUCGGCGACCAGGAGUUGCGACGAAGGGAAAUUGAAGCAGGUGCUUACCUCGCAUCUGAAGCACCAACCGGAGCAGAUUGGGGAAAUAUUGCGGGACUGCAAGAUCGCGAAUAGUGCGAGUUCUUCUUCCUCUGCUGGAGCUGGUAAUGGUGGUGACAACACUGUAGAUUUUUUGUCCUAUUGGAAAUCUAUGGACCGUUUCUUCCAGCAGCGGAGCGGGCUGGAGAUCCGGCCGGAUCUGGACCAGAUAGGGCUUUUUCAAGUUUUUCGAAACAGAAUCCUGCAGGCGGUGAAAAAUGCAAGCGGUGGAAAUAGCUCAUCUCAACAUGGAGCCCGUGGCGCUGUAAUGUCUCACAGUGGAAACACCGCUGCUGCACCUGCAGGCGGAGGAGCACCGGUCGUAGCGACGCGGACGAUUUUGGACAUUUUGGGCCUGAUUGAAGAGACGGCGCCGAAGAAACAAGCAGGGUAUUUUUUUGCAUUUUUUGUCAUGCAAAGGCAUUAUCGAUUGCCAUGCCGCUGGACAAUGAAGUGGUUUAAAAUUUGUGCCGCUUUUCGAGAAGGAGAAAACUAAAACGAUAGAUGCAUGGCAAAACACAUAAAAACAAUUCAUAUCCAUAUGAGGUACUGGUCUCGCCUGCGCAAAAGAUUCGUCACGAAGCAGGAGAGCGUAAGCAUCUGUGCCGUUUCCUAUCUCAUCGAGGAGGAGGUGCGGGUUCUGGUCAGCUCGAUGCAGAAGAAGCACAGCAAAAGCACUUCGAGCAAGCAGUCGAGCAGUUCGAUUUUGAUGGCGACGUGUGAAACGAUGGCAACGAGCACGACGGGAGCUGCAGGAAAUGGAGACUUUCAUGCGCAAGUUGACGUGGAGGAAUUGGAAGAUACGCUGAGUGAGCUGAAAAAGGACUUCGAAUUGCAAAAAUUGGAACUCGGUAUCGCAGAGCUAAAUCAAUAUUGUUUUCAAUAAAAAUGAGAAGUUGUCUUGCAUGACCGCAUCAUGAUAGGCACUUUAUUUGCUUACCAUGCGAUCUUGAGCAUCACAGAGAAACGACUUUUGUUUUUCUCCUGUCAAAAUCACAGACGCGACCCGGGGCGAACUAGACCACGUGCAGAACUUGUUGCGAUCGAAGCAGAAUCAAUUCCUGGAUAAAGAACGGGAGGGUAUUCUAGAUCUGGAAAGCCUCCGGAGACAGCUGCGGGAAGAGCAAGACGGUAUAGAUUCGUCUUGCAAGAAGAAGUAGUGUUUUAUCGAGUUGAUACAUUUGCAUCGCUUGAUGGAGUUUUUGCAUGACAAGUUGACAGGCGAUUUGGUACGACAUGAUUCUAAAAAUCCAGCCUCCGAGCGGCGGGAGUCGGAGAACUCCGUGAUGAUUAGCCGGAUGCGCGAGAGGCUGGAAACCGUAGUAGAAUCGAGGCAACAGGAUCUGGAAAAGUGCCGGAAGGCCGAGGAAGAGCUGGCCGAGUUUAAGGAUAAAGCGAUGGUUGGGAAACGCGCACUCGAAAAGAGGAUAGCGGUAUUGAUCGUAGGUUUCUUUUUCAUCUUCUUCCGUUCCACACUCAUGCAUGACAGACACAGAAGGUGAGGCAUUUCCAGUUUUUGCAUGAGAAAUUCAAAUAUCAAAAUCUCAUCUCAACAGUCCCUCACCGAGGCCUUGGCGGAGCAGAGAGAGCAAACACAACUGCAGAAAAAUACCGAAGCCACUACUUCCAAAGAAUCCGAAAAUAAGGAGAAGCUCCUAGCACUCGCGGAGGAAGAGAACAGAAAACUCACCGCAAGCUACGAACAAAAAAUCCAAACGCUCCAGUCCGAACUAGAACAGAAACAGUCCGAAGUUGACCAACUCGAGCACAAAAUCGUGACCAUUGAAGCGAGACUCACCUCCGCCAAAACAAGUGUAAGUGAAGCAGUGAAGACGGAGAAGAUUAUUUUCGAGAAGAAUCUCGCCAAAAUUAUCGCGGAGAAGGAAGAGGAGAUGAAGAUUUCCGAGCAGAAAUACGAGAAACAGGUGAAGGAGUUAAGGGUUUUGCUCGAAACGGAAAACAAACACGAUGCGGAGAACAGCAAUAAUGCGAUGAAACAGAAAGAGCAGCUGAUCACGCAAUUAACGGACAAGCAAGAGGAAGUGACGAAAUUAGAGCUCAAGGUGAAAAAAUUGAAGCAACAAGUCGAGAGAGUCAGUGAAGACAAGGAGGAGGAAGUAGCUGGGGUCAAGACGCAACUGAGGAAAGCGGAGGAAAUAAUGCACACUAGUAAGCAAGAAAUCACGAAAUUGAAAAAGGAAAUCUCCGGUCAGCAGGACGCAUUGUUAUCCCAGGACGCGGAGCUAUCGUACGAAAAUAGUGUUUCACUGUAAGGAUUUUGCAAGCUAUGCAUCACAAGUUUGCUCUACAUGACAGGGAAAACUUGCCAUGCGAGGUUCCUAAGGGAAAACAAAGCUAAGAAUCGCCUGUCUUACUGCAGGUGUAGCAAAACAAACACUUCUGAGUUACAGUUUCUGCAUUACAAGUUUGCAGUGAAACAGUUUUUUCUUGCGAUAGGAACUUGUGGCGUUGAAGCGGGGGAUCGAGAGUGGGAUAUGAGAGUGCACAACUCCCCCUCCACCUUAUUUGUCAUGCAAAAUGCCAAAUUUACGCCUAGGCUCUUGGCACUGUUUGCGUGAUAAGCUCUGGCAGCCCAAAUAGCACUACACGCCUGUCCAAAUUUUUCAUGCAAAACCUGUAUUCUUGCUGAUGCUUGUGUUGCUGUUCAUGCAAUACAAAUGAGGGGGAGGGGGAGUUGUGCACUUUCAUAUGGGAAGGUCGAGUUUGAAAAGAAAUUGGAGAAGGAAAAAUCGAAGCGUGAAGAAGUGGAGAAAUUAGUGUCGACGAAAGAAAACCAAAUCCAAUCCUUGGUCAAACAGCUGGAAGACGCUGUGGCACGUAUACCGCUUCUUUCUUCUUUGUCGUGGAAUUGUUUUCUGGUAAUUAUAAUAUAUCGCAGCGCAUUGAAGAUUCUACUUCUAUCUUUCUACGUACAAUGUGCCAUGAAGCAGAACAUCAUCUGCCAUGAAAAACGAGAAUGCCAAUGCCAUGACGCUCCUGCAUCACAAACCCCAGGCUCCACUUCCGCAAUCCGCGAGGCUGAGGAUCUUCGGGACGAACUGAGCAAGCUGAGGAAAACAAGAGACGAGUUGGAGCAGAUAACCAAUACGAAAGAUUCCCAGUAUCAACAGCAGGUUUCAAAACUAAAAGCCAAGAUCACCGAACUGGAGUCCAACCUGGAUGACAAAAAUGACGAAGAAAAAACCCACACCAGUGUCGUCAAGCGAUUGCAGGAAAAAAUCGAACAAUUGGAGGAGCAAUACGAAAGCGCGGAGCGGGAAAGAACAAUCGCACAAAAGGAAGAGAUGAAGGUGAAGGAAAGCGAAAGUGAAGCGGCUUCUGCAAGAGAAAUUUCCAGUUUGAAAGACGAGGUUGCGACGGUAGAGAAGGAAUUAGGGGCUUGUAGGAAGGAAUUGGAUCACGCAAGGGAAAAUCUCGAGGUGGCGAAGGUACACUAGUUGGAGGACCUCCUAUAAUAAAUGACUUGUAGUUACUUUACGACCACUCAUGGUUUUCAAUACGAAUACGCCUCUUAAUCGUAUAAUCUCGCAUUUUAUUUAAGCGAUUCUCGUACGUACUUACAUGGAGAAAAUCCUCACCCUAAAAUGAUCACAGAAUGAAUAAAACCUUUAUCAGCUGGACGCAGAAGAGAUGGUUCUUUUGAAAAAGAAACUCCGCCAUCGAGAAGACGAAAUCGCCGCUUUAAAACGCAUAUGCACUGCAAAAGUAUCGUAGUCGUACUAAUUACAGUUAUGCAUUACAAAUUUCUUUUUCAAGCUAAAUCAGCAUGACAAAUUCCAUUAAUUCCAUUUGUCAUGCUGAGCUAAUUUGUAUUGCAAUACGACGAGUGCGAUGCUUUUGCAGUGCAUAACGCAUAGCAGACCAAGAAGCGAGAAAAUUCAACAUCGAUCUUGCCAGCCGGAGAGAGGAAUUUGAGCAGAUGAUGCCGAAGCCGACACCCAGCGUCCAUGAUUACAAUGCGCGCGUUCUUGCGCAGGACAAGUACGGAGCUGGAGGCCGUGGAGCAGGAGUUGCACCUCCAGAUGAAAGUGGGCACCCGCGAGGUGGACGUUCCGGUACUAGUGCUAGCAGAUCAGGAGUCCAGCCCCACACGAACAACAAUCAUGACCCCUUAAGUAACUCUCGCGCUCCCCCUGAAUCCGUCACCAGCCUAGCGACUUCCGUUCCGUCAGAGGUGCACGUCGGGUUUCUGUUCAACUCGGAGAUGACAAGUAACUACCCAGGUGGCGGUGGCCCACACAGUAAUGGGGGCAGAAAUUCUUCUACUAAUCCCUCCAUGCCGAUUUCCAAGAAACUGAUGCCCAGCCCGGCUAUGACGGAAUUGGAACGAGCGAAAAUGUAUGCAAUGCAAAAGCAUCGUACUAGUACAAAUUGCAUUUACAAAUUAACCCAGCAUUACAAAUUAACUUUGUAAAUGCUGAUUUACCUUGAAAACGAGGUUUGUCAUGCAUAAAUGCAAUUCCUACGAGUACGAUACUUUUUCAUUUGAUAAAAUGAAGGAGGAGCGCAGGGCCCGGCGGGAGCGAAGGGAGCAGAAGCGGAUGCAGAAAUUACAGAUGCAGGGCGCCGCGGUGGGCCACAGUACUCAACAGGGAGAGCAGGACCAAUGCGCGACGCAGUGAGCAACCAGGAAAAGCUUGCUGUGCGAUGAUGCAGGGAAGAGUUGGAGAGGAAAGGAUUUUUGAGUCACGGAAGUAACAGAAGUUUCACAGAAUUCCAGGCUGUUUCACAAAAAAAACAUUUUGCAAAAUGUCACUUUUUCGAAGAAAAGUAUCACGUACAAAGAUUCAUCACAGAUUCAGAACCAAUUUCAGGUACAGCUUAGCAAUAGUUCUUGGAGACCGCAAGUUGUCUUUUGAAUGAUCGAACAAAAGUUUCAUUGAACCAAAACGAACACAUCAAAAACAAAAUCCGUUUCAAAGAAAUAUGAUGUAAAAUGCGAGAAGCAAGCACCGGCAGCAUUAUAUCUUUGUAUCUGAGUAAAGAUCCAC